GUUCUUAAAGAUAGUUCUUUGGCAGAUUGUACAUCUGGGUUUUAUGCCUAACUGAUCACAAACCAACUCCCUUUAGUUAUUUAUUUUAAUUUUUCCUUAUAAAAAGGUUGAAACUUUGAAGUGACUUGGAGAUAAGGGAGAAGAAAGGGGGGAAGAAUAGAAAGAAAGACAACUCAAAGACAAAGUGGUGCUGCUUUGGUUGAUUGGCUUGGUUGUUGAUAUGCAAGACAAUGGUGUUGCAAAGGGCUCGUCGGGUUUCAGUAGUUUUAUAAGGAGAAAGCAUGUUGAUUCAGUUCUGGUUAGGAGAGAAGGUGGCCAACAGUUGGCUAAGAAACUCUCUGUUAUUGACCUCGUUGCUAUUGGGGUAGGAGCAACGAUUGGAGCUGGAGUAUAUAUUCUUGUUGGAACUGUUGCUAGAGAGCAAACAGGCCCAGCUCUUACCAUUUCGUUCCUUAUUGCUGGAAUAGCAGCUGCUCUCUCAGCAUUUUGUUAUGCAGAACUUGCAUGUCGGUGCCCAUCAGCUGGAAGUGCCUAUCAUUACACAUACAUCUGCAUAGGAGAAGGUGCUGCAUGGUUGGUCGGUUGGGCAUUGAUUCUAGAAUAUACGAUUGGAGGUUCAGCUAUUGCUCGAGGGCUAACCCCAAACCUGGCCCUAUUCUUUGGAGGUGAAGAUAAGUUGCCUUCUUACUUGGCCCGCCACACCAUCCCCGGGCUUGGUAUUGUUGUGGAUCCAUCUGCAGCUAUUUUGGUUCUUCUUGUCACUGUAAUCUUGUGCAUGGGGAUCAAGGAGAGUUCUUUGGCCCAAGCCAUUGUUACAACAGUGAAUAUAUGUGGUAUGCUUUUUAUCAUAACAGUUGGAGGAUAUUUGGCUUUCAAGACUGGAUGGAUUGGAUAUGAACUUCCUAGCGGGUAUUUCCCCCUUGGUUUAAAUGGGAUGCUUGCUGGAUCUGGUAUAGUGUUCUUUUCAUUCAUUGGCUUUGAUGUUGUUGCUAGCACAGCUGAAGAGGUGAAAUUUCCUCAGCGAGAUUUGCCGCUAGGUAUAGGGAUUGCUUUGUCUAUAUGUUGCAUUUUGUACAUGCUCGUGUCAGUUGUUAUUGUUGGCUUGGUGCCAUACUUUGCACUGGAUCCAGACACUCCUAUCUCUUCAGCGUUUGCUUCCCAUGGGAUGCAAUGGGCAGUGUACGUUAUCACAACUGGGGCUGUAACUGCUCUUUGUGCAAGUUUAAUGGGUUCACUUCUUCCACAGCCUCGGAUGUUUAUGGCAAUGGCUAGGGAUGGAUUGUUACCAUCUUUCUUCUCAGACAUUAGUGAACGCACCCAAGUUCCAGUGAAGAGUACAUUGGCAAUUGGGAUUCUUGCUGCAGCCCUCUCUUUUUUUAUGGAUGUCUCACAGUUAGCAGGCAUGGUUAGCGUGGGUACCCUUCUUGCAUUCACUGCCGUUGCAGUUUCAGUGUUAAUACUUAGAUAUGUUCCACCAGAUGAGGUGCCUCUUCCAUCUUCACUUCAUGAGUCUUUUGGUACAUUGUCUACGCAAAGUGGUGAUAUUCAGGAGGUAGCCAUUCUGAACUUUAAGGAUUAUGUCAAUCAUUCUGACAAUAGUCAACAUUUGAUUGACAAUGGAGGGAGAUCAAUUGCACGCCCUCUUCUUCAGAAACAAAUAACUCAAGAUGAACAGAGUGAACAAAAGAGACGGAGAAUCGCAGCUUGGAGUAUAACGGCUGUUUGCAUAGGGGUCCUUGUAUUUACAUCUGCAGCCUCAUUUGAACUUCCUAGACUUCUGCGCUUCACAUUUUGCACAGUGGGGGGAGGUCUUCUAUUGUGCAGUUUGAUUGUUCUAACUUGUAUAUCCCAGGAUAACGCGAGGGACAGCUUUGGACACUCAGGAGGUUUUAUCUGCCCAUUUGUUCCAUAUUUACCUGUUGCUUGCAUUCUUGUCAACACGUACUUGUUAGUUAAUCUAGGGGGCGGCACAUGGAUCCGUGUUUCUGUAUGGCUACUUGCAGGAGAAUUAGUUUAUUUAUUUUAUGGUCGGGGACACAGUUCACUGAUGAACGCGGUUUAUGUUCCUACUGCUUAUGCUGAUGAGAUACAUCGCUCCUCAUCCAGCCAUCUGGUGUAGACUUUAUUUAAGGAAACAUCACAAACAACUUGCUUCCAUUUUACAAGAAGCACUCUCAGUUGCAUCUUUGCUGUCAUUUCUUAUUACACAUGCUCAAUUGGUCGACGAUUAUCGAUAUCAUGUCUUGAAGGUGUAGUAUUGGUGGAAUUGGAGCCAUUUGAAUUUCUAAUAGUAACUUGUAAAUAUAUAGCUUACACCUCAAUAAUUUUUGUAUUAAUAGCAGAACAUUAUGAAAAUGAAAUAGUAGCUAGAAUAAUUGUAUGUACAUAACAAUGAAACUGUUAAAUCUAUGAUUCAUCUCUAAUCUAUAGCUUUUACUUUGAAAGCUAUUCUCUUGA